CGUCGAAAGGCAAAGAGUUUUCCUUGUAAUCAUGGCAAGAACAAAGCAGACCGCUCGUAAAUCCACCGGAGGCAAAGCGCCGAGGAAGCAGCUCGCUACUAAAGCUGCCCGUAAGAGCGCCCCAGCCACCGGCGGUGUGAAGAAGCCUCAUCGUUACAGGCCCGGUACCGUAGCGCUGAGAGAAAUCCGCCGCUAUCAGAAGUCUACUGAGCUGCUGAUCCGUAAGCUGCCGUUCCAGCGUCUGGUGAGAGAAAUCGCCCAGGACUUCAAGACUGAUCUGCGCUUCCAGAGCUCCGCCGUCAUGGCCCUGCAGGAGUCCAGCGAAGCUUAUUUGGUCGGUCUGUUUGAGGACACCAACCUGUGUGCCAUCCACGCCAAGAGGGUCACCAUCAUGCCCAAAGACAUCCAGCUGGCUCGCCGCAUUCGUGGAGAGCGCGCUUAAACCUAAUUGCGUCCCUCACACCAAAGGCUCUUUUAAGAGCCAC